UGCCUUCUCUGUGCUUUGCUGUAGUUGGAUGAAUCAGUCUAUCGACGUUAUCAGCAGUCUGUUAUAUCGAGCUAAGUUUAGCUAAAGCGUUCAUCUGGUUCAGAGAGUUGAAGGUUUACGGCCACCAAAAGUGAAGAAUUGGCUUGCUGUCGCGUUUUAUGGAGGAAGUUGAGUCUUUUCGUUAGCUGUUAUCUUUUUUAUUUUUUAAAUGCAUUUGUAUUCUUUAGUAUACCAUUGACGUUUGUACUUUCGCAUUAAUGAAGGUAUUUCAAGGUAGCUAGCGUGUAUUAACUAGUGAAUUUUACAACUUUAGUAACUGAGCGGACCGUCUACGCUAGCUUGGAGACCGCUACGCUUAGCUUAAUAACGCGCCUGUGACCCCGACGUUAAAACCGUGUAACACUCGUUAGCAUUGUGAAGCUAGCCCACUUUUUAGUUUGUAAUAUGAAAAGGGCAGAGUGUGACACAUUAGGGUUUGUUCCUCAAAAAGACAUAGUCUACAACAAACUCUUGCCCUACGCGGAUCGGUUAGAUGAAGAAUCCAAUGACAUUCUGUGUAAAAUAAAGAAUAACCUGGGCCGAGCUGUGCAGCUCAGAGAGCUAUGGCCCGGUGUGCUGUUUUGGACAAGGAAACUUUCCAUGUACAUGAGAUUAUAUGGACGAAAAUUCAGCAAAGAAGACCAUGUGCUCUUCAUCAAGUUGCUCUAUGAGCUAGUGACGAUCCCCAGACUGGAGAUGAGUAUGAUGCAGGGCCUGGCUCGUCUGCUUAUUAACCUCCUCAAGAAACGGGAACUGGUAUCAAGGGAGGACCUGGAGUUGCCUUGGAGACCACUAUAUGAACUGUAUGAUAGGGUUCUUUUCUCCAAGACGGAGCACCUGGGCCUCAAUUGGUUUCCCAACUCUGUGGAAGGUGUGUUGAAAACACUUGUGAAAAACUGCAGACCAUAUUUCUCAGACUCUGCAACUCAGGAGAUGCUGAAUGAAUGGAGACCAUUACUGUGUCCCUUUGAUGUUACAAUGCAAAGAGCAAUCAGCUACUUUGAACUUUUUCUCCCCACAACUCUACCUCCAGAGUUGCACCACAAAGGCUUCAGGUUGUGGUUUGAUGAGUUCACCAGUUUAUGGAUGUCAGUGCAAAAGCUUCCAACCUGGGAAGUGCAUCUGGUCAGUCUCUUUGCUCGCUUGGCCAAUGACAACAUUGGCCACAUUGAUUGGGAUCCUUAUAUCCCUAAGAUUUUCACAAGAAUUUUGAGGAGUUUCAAUCUCCCGGUGGGAACUGGUCAGAUGAUUGUCCCACGAUACAUCACCAGUGCCUACGACAUCGGCCAUGUGGUGCUCUGGGUCUCAUCCCUCCUGGGAGGGCCCAGCAAGCAAGCACAAGCACAACUCAGUGGACUUUUCAACAGUAUUACAUCUUUCUUCCACCCAUCAAACCAUGGUCGCUGGCUGAUGAAGCUCAUGAAGCUACUACAACGUCUGCCAGCUAGUGUGGUACGGCGACUUCACAGAGAACGCCACAGAAAGCCCUCAUGGCUUACGCCAGUACCCAACACUCACAAGCUCACAGAGGAAGAUAUAACAAACUUUGUGGAGAGUAUGAUGCAGCCAGUUCUGUUAGCCAUGUUCAGCAAAACGGGCAGUCUUGAUGCAGCCCAGGCCCUGCAGAACUUAGCUUUGAUGAGGCCUGAGUUGGUUAUUCCCCCUGUAUUAGAGAAAACAUACCCUGCUCUGGAGACUUUAAUCGAGCCUCACCAGCUGACAGCCACUCUGAGCUGCAUGAUUGGUGUGGCACGAAGCCUAGUGUCUGGUGGAAAGAGUUUUCCUGAGGGCCCCACUCACAUGCUGCCCCUGCUCAUGAGAGCUCUGCCAGGCGUAGAUCCGAACGACUUCAGCAAAUGCAUGAUAACGUUCCAAUUUAUUGCUACAUUUGUGACUCUUGUGCCUUUGGUGGACUGUUCAUCUGCUUUACAUGACAAAAAUGACUUGACAGAGGUAGAAAGAGAGAUGUGCUCAGCUUCCGCUGAGUUUGAGGACUUUGUUCUUCAGUUCACGGACAAAUGCUUUGCCCUAAUUGAUAGCAGCACAUUGGAGCAAACUCGAGAGGAGAUGGAAACUGAGAAAAUGACACAUUUUGAAAGUCUGGUGGAAUUGGGCCUGUCAUCCACCUUUAGUACCAUCCUUACACAAUGCUCCUUGGACAUUUUCAAGGUGGCUCUGGAAAAAGUGUACAACUUUGCAACCACCAACAUCUUUGAGACGCGUGUAGCUGGAAGAAUGGUGGCUGACAUGUGUAGAGCCACAUCCAAGUGUCAUCCUGCAGAGUCACUCAAACUGUUUGUGCCACAUUGCUGCAAUGCCAUUAGCCAGAUUGCUGUCAAUGAGGAAGUGUUGAAUGAGGAGGAGCUUGACAAGGAGCUGUUGUGGAAUCUUCAGCUGCUGUCAGAGGUGACUCGUGUUGACGGUGACAAAAUUUUGCCCUACCGUUCUGCACUGGUCCAGAUCUUACAGUUGACACUACACCUAAAGUGUAAGCAAGGCUACACUCUAGCAUGCAACCUGCUGCACCAUAUUCUUCGCUCCACUACGCUCAUCUACCCUACAGAGUACUGCAGUGUUCCAGGAGGUUUCCACCAACCAGUCAGUGACUACUUACCCAUCAAGGACUGGGGUCGGCCUGGUGACCUUUGGAACUUGGAUAUUCAGUGGCAUGUGCCCAGUCUUGAAGAAACAUCUUUUUCAUUUUAUUUAAUGGACCUGAUCCUUCAUCCUGAGCUACAGCGUCUUCAGAGAUUUGCACAGGGAGAACAGGACAUAAGCAGAGAUGAUGUCCUCCAAAGCCUGACCAUUGUUCAGCAUUGUCUCCUUGGAGCAGCGAGUCUUAUGCCUCCACUAACAGGAGAACCCAUCCCUGAACUGGUACAUAGUAUGGUAAAUCUUGAUGAAACCACACUCUACACAGGAAUGGCAUAUGAUAUAUCCAGAGAGAACUACAGAGAUGCUAUCUGCUAUGUGAUGAGACAGUUACUACAUUACAUCCUUGAGCACUCUGAGGAUGACACGAAGUCUCUCUUCUCCAUUAUCAAGAUCAUCAAAGACCUGUUGCACUUCAAAGGAACUCACAAACAUGAGUUUGACUCCCGCUGGAAAAGCUUCAACCUUGUGAAGAAAUCAGUGGAAAACAGACUUCUUGGCAGAAAGCAGCACAUCAGAGCUUUGCUAAUAGACAGAGUCAUGCUCCAGCAUGAGUUACGUAAAAUAACAGUGGAAGGAUGUCAGUACAGACGCAUUCAUCAAGAGCUGCUGCAAGAUCUUUUGAGGCUGUCCACAAGCACCUACAGUCAGGUACGCGGCAGAGCACAGAGUGUGUUGUUCACUGCCCUGGGAACCUACAAUUUCUGCUGCAGAGAUAUGAUCCCCCAUGUCCUUGAGUUCAUCAACCCAGACAACAGCAAUGUCACACUGCAGCAGUUCAAGGGUGCCUUGUAUUGUCUUCUGGGGAACCACAGUGGAGUGUGCCUGGCCAAUUUGCAUGACUGGGAGUGCAUAGUUCAGACAUGGCCUGCUAUUGUCCGUUCUGGCCUCAGCUCAGCAAUGUCCUUGGAAAAGCCUUCAAUUGUUCGUCUUUUUGAUGACCUUGCAGAUAAAAUCCAUCGCCAGUAUGAGACCAUCGGCAUCGACUUCACUAUCCCCGAUGACUGCUGUGCUGUGGCCCGGCAACUUAUGAUCACUGGAAAUCCUCCUUCAAAGGAGCCUGUUCCUUCAGAGCAAGAAGUUGCAGAGGGUCUGAGAAAACAAGAACUUAAGAACUCUGAGUCUAUAGAGAAAUACGCAAAACUCAUUGGUGAUCUGCUGGAAAGCCUCGGCAACAGAAACCUGCCUUGGAAGUUUGAACAUAUUGCAGUUGGCUUCUUGUCGCUGUUGGGGAGAGAUGAUCACCAACUCCCAGUACCAGCUGUUCUGUUCUUUGUGAAGAACCUCAAUCAUGAUUCAAUCUAUGUACGCAAGGUGGCGAUAUCCGCAGUAGCAGGGAUCAUGAAGCAAAUAAAGAGACCACAUAAAAAAGUCCCAGUCUGCUCCUCUGAGCUUUGUAAGACAUGCAUUACUUUUUUCAUGUGUGUGGACACUAUUAUAAUUUAUAGAUGUCAUUUUCACAAAUCCUUUCAAAAAGGUGGGGUCAAGGAGACGAAUGAUAUUGUGGCUGGAGACCGUCCAGACAACCAGUGGCUUCAGUAUAACAGCAGCAGCCUACCAUGCACCCAGCAGGACUGGGAUUGCUGCAAGUUUGUGGAGAAGACUCACUGGGGAUACUAUUGUUGGCCAAGUAAAAUGAUGAUGUAUGCACCACUUGAGGAGCAACCCAAACAGAGCCUCACGAGAGAAGAAAUGACAGAGCGAGAGCAGGUCAUCUAUGACCACUUCACAGACCCAGUAUUCAUCAACCAGUUCAUAGACUAUCUGUCUCUUGAGGACCGCAAGGGCAAGGACAAGUUUAGCCCUCGCAGAUUUUGUUUGUUCAAGGGGUUGUUCCGCAAUUUCGGUGACACCUUUCUUCCUCUGCUGCAGCCACACAUGGAGCGCCUUGUGGCUGACACACAUGAAAGCAAGCAGCGUUGUGUCGCUGAGAUAAUCUCUGGUCUAAUCAGAGGCUGCAAACACUGGAGAUACACAAAGGUUGAGAAGCUCUGGGAGCUGUUGUGUCCAUUGCUCCGUACUGCCCUGUCCAACAUCACAAUAGAAACAUAUGCAGACUGGGGGACCUGCAUCGCUACAGCUUGUGAGAGCAGAGACCCACGUAAGCUUCACUGGCUGUUUGAGAUGCUAAUGGAGUCUCCACUCAACGGAGAGGGGGGCUCCUUUGUUGAUGCCUGUCGACUGUAUGUGCUGCAGGGAGGCUUAGCUCAACAGGAGUGGCGUGUUUCAGAGCUAUUGCACAGAUUGCUUAAGUACUUGGAGCCCAAACUCACACAGGUUUACAAGAAUGUACGAGAACGAAUUGGCAGUGUGCUCACAUACAUUUUUAUGAUUGACGUCAACUUACCAUACACGCUGCCAACCGCGUCCCCACACAUCGCAGACUUCACAGAGCGAAUUCUGUUGCAGCUGAAGCCUCUAAAUGAGGGUGAUGAGGAAAUCCAGAACCAUGUUAUGGAGGAGAAUGAGGUGGGAGAGCAGGAUGAGAGGACACAAGCAAUCAAGCUCCUUAAAACAGUGCUUAAGUGGCUGAUUGCGAGUGCUGGACGCUCUUUUUCCACUCCUGUCACAGAACAGCUGCGGUUCCUUCCCCUCCUCUUCAAGAUUGCUCCUGUUGAGAACGAUGACAGUUAUGAUGAACUGAAAAGAGAUGCAAAGACCUGUUUGUCACUGAUGUCUCAGGGACUCCUUUACACAGAGCAGAUCCCCAUGGUUCUCAGCGCCCUACACAAGAUUUCAAGCAGUAGCUCCUGGCAUGCUCGCUACACGGUGCUAACAUAUCUCCAGAGUAUGGUAUUUUACAACCUGUUCACCUUCAUGAGUGACCAGAAAGCAGUGAAUGAUGUCCGUGCACUGGUGGUACAGCUUCUGGAAGAUGAGCAGCUAGAGGUAAGAGAGGUGGCUGCCACGACUUUGAGCGGCUUCCUUCAGUGCAACUUUUUGUCCAUGGAUGCUUCCAUGCAGGCACAUUUUGAAGCUCUCUGCAAGACUUGUUUGCCCAAGAAGAAGAAAAGGGAGCUGGGAUCUGUCAUGGACACCAUACCCUCUGCCGACCUGGUGCGGCGCCACGCUGGUGUUCUGGGCUUGAGUGCUUGUAUUCUGUCCAGCCCAUAUGACGUGCCCACCUGGAUGCCCCAGCUGUUAAUGGACCUGAGCGCACACCUUAAUGACACACAACCCAUAGAAAUGACUGUGAAGAAAACAUUGUCCAACUUCCGGCGCACUCAUCAUGACAACUGGCAGCAGCACAAGCAGCAAUUCACAGAUGACCAACUGCUAGUCUUAACCGACUUACUGGUCUCCCCUUGUUACUAUGCCUAAGACAGGUGCAGAAUUUUCACCCUCGCAAUCUCAACGUACUCAAUAGAGAAAGAAAAAAAAUGAAAAUAACUGAACGUGCAUGCAGGCACAUCCAUGAAGACAUUCAGCUUAAUUUGCAUCUGUUUCUGAAAGCCUUCAGUGUUUAGGGAAAGAUGAAGCUGUAAAAUGGUAAUUUUCUCUCAUAGAAGAGACAUUUUCAAGACCCCUCCUCUUUUUAAACAUCAGUUUGGGAUAAUCCCAGAUGAUACCUGCAUUAUCAAAGAGGCUCAAGUUCUUUAUUGAGGACUAAUUGUGGCACAUAUAUAAUGAUUUAUGUUUAGCUCUCAUUUCUACUAUACUUAAUAUUUAAGAAUGAAUCGAAGCAGGGCCAAAUGUCCUGCAGUUUGUAACAUUUCUGUACAGUUUUUUCCUUUGGUUUUUUAACCUUUUGAUUUUUUUUUUUUUUUUUUUGCGAACGUGUGCUUUUGUUCAAGCGUAUGUUUGUGCGUAUGCAUUAGAUUGGAUCUGUGAAAACGUCUGCAGGUGUCAACAUUUCUCAGGAUUAUUUCCCAAGCUUCGACUCUGAGCCAACACAGUGUCCGUUAUUGGACAUACUCUGUACCAUCUUCGACUAAUAAGGUGUUCCUUAGAAGCCACCAGAGAAAUGAUUUAAAAAAGAAAUCCGACAUCUUCAGGCUUUAACUGCAACAUGCUGUUUUUGUGGCCGUUGGAUCUUUAGACACAGUUACAUGCAUCAUGCUAUGGCAAAUAAUGCACAGGUAUAUUUAUUUAUUUAUUUGGCUGUUUGAAGUGCUAAGUUUAAACUCAUCAUUGAGGAUAUUUCUUAGAGUACAUGGUUAUGCUGAAGCGAUGGAGUCUGCUCUUAUAAAGAUGAGAGAAGAAGCUCCCCACUGCUGCACGACGUGAUCUGAGCACAAGUUCUGUAAUGGUUUCUGUGUCUCAGUGGAAGACCGUAUACAAAAUGCCUGUCUUUAGUUAUAAUUCUGAUUUACAUUGUUCUGAAACACCAGAAGGUUAAAUUAUUUUUAUUUUAAUAUGUUCUCCCCAAUGACUUGAAUUCAGUCUAUAGCUUUGAAGCAUUUAGUACAGUACCUCACUUGUGUAUAGUGUAGUGCCAAAACUGCAGGGUUUUUUUUUUUUUUAAAGAUACACUGUUUGCUUAAUGAAUGAUAGAAUAAAAUGUUUUACAGCAA